AAUUAACGUUCCAUAAAAACCAUGUCAACAGAUACAACUUGUACAACCAGGUUGCCCUGGUAGCUGUUAAUAUCCUUGGAGAUCCAGUAGAACACAGUGAGACAAGUAUAACUCCCACAAAAGAUAAGCUGAUUGAUCACUAUCUUGGUCAUAGCCCAAAUGACCCAGCACUUGAUGGGACUUAUGUCAGUAAAUCUGAGAUUAUAUCACCCCUGGAUGACCUUGCCUUUGACAUGUACCAGGAUCCUGAAGUGGCUCAAAUCAUACGUAAAUUGGAUGAAGAGAAACAUGAAGCAGUUAAACAUGAACGCUAUGAUUUUGCAAAGAAACUUAAACAAGCUAUAGCUGACCUUCAGAAGGUAGGAGAGCGCCUGGGCCGUUAUGAGGUGGAAAAGCGCUGUGCAAUUGAGAAGGAGGACUAUGACCUGGCCAAACAGAAGAAGCAGCAAAUGGAUGAUUAUAGGAUGAAGGUUUACCAGCAGCUAGAGCUACAUAACUUGCUGGACAUGGGAACGAUCCGAAAGCUUCCUGAGAUUCCUCUUGAACCAGUGGAUCAUCCUAAUAGAAUUCAACAGCAGCAAAUGGUUUUGGGGCUUAAAUCUGCAUCAGUGGUGGAAACUCAUCUGCAGGAGUCAUCUGAUGAAAGCCUCGGACUGUAUCUGACCCCUGGAAAGUCACAAUGGUCUCCCAUACCACAGCAGCAUACUCCUACUCCACCUGCCAGAUUACCAUCUCCAAGGGUCGAUAGCAGCUCACUUCCCUAUGAUGAGAGGCCACUUCCAACUCAACACAAACCUGCAGAAUUAUAUGGCGUACUACAGUUGGAGGUUAAUGAACCAGCUGCAGUAAACCUAGACUCUUCACCGACAUCAAGAAGUGGAAUCACAGGAGAACCAGAACCACUGACUGAAAAAGCUAUCAGGGAGGCUAGUUUUGCCAUUGAUUUGUUUGGUGAGGCUCUGGUGACUGGUGCAUAUUCUAAAACCUGGUCAUACAGAGAAGAUACUUUACUGGCUGUGUAUAAAAAGCUUUCCAUGAUUCCUGAAGGCACACCCAAGGAUGAAGUAAAGAAUAUGUUGAAAGCAGCAAUCUUCCUCAUUCGUAGAGCUAUGAAGGACAAAGUGUCAUCUGUUUUUCAAGCAUCUCUGAAGUUACUAAAAAUGCUGGUUACACAGUAUAUUCCAAAGCACAAGCUGGGCAAAGUAGAAGUCACACAUUGUGUGGAGAGAUCAUUACCCAUUCUCCUUAGCAAGACUGGUGAUGCCACAACACAUCUUCGAGUGGCUGCAAUGAAUUUUAUCCAGGAAAUGGCAUUACUUAAAGAAGUACAACCCCUUCACAUUAUCCCACCCCAGUUAAUGCAGCCUUUGAAGCCACAAGUUCCAGGCCGCUUGGUAGUAAAUCAAAUUGAGUUGGUGGAACGCUUGCUGAAGGAGUUGGGUACAGAUAACAGUGGCUUUACCGUAGACAAUGUCAUGAAGGUGAGUGAUGAACUUUAAUAUAAUAACUGGCUGGUCAGAGAGCCAAUUUUUUUUUUGUUUGUUUUAUUUAUUUGGAAUGUUGUUGCACCGUUGGAACAGAUUUUCACAUACCUACUGUCUGUCCUCCAGUUCUAA